AUGGCGGUUCAGUUAAUUUCUUAUAAACGCCAACUAACACAGACUACUAACAAACUAGAUACAGUCGUGCAGCGUUUUAAAGAGGAAGAGUUAGAGUCCCUUCGCGUUACGGAAGACCUAUCCCCAAUCGAUUAUCAAGAUGCUCACAGACGCCUAGAAGAAGGCAUAGGGGCAAUUCGAGUUUGCACCUCACGCAUCGAGAGUCUUCUUGGGGAUUACGCCACAACCUUAGAUGCGCUGCAGGAGCCAUCCAAAAAGGAAUACGACGAUUAUGACGAGUAUGCCAAAAAGGCAGAAGAGGGUCUGGCCAAGGCUAUCGACUAUGUGGUAACAUUCGCCCCCAGCGAAGCACAGGGAACGCGUUACACGAAAACGAGUCGACGUAAAGUCUUGGAGAAAAAACACGCGUUACCUACCGACAAUCGUUUCGAAAUGAACACCUUAAUGAACUUCUUGGAAGAGGUUAUUUCGAGUGAAGAAACGGUUUUACUUUUCACGGGAGGAAAUCUCGAGUUCCAAAAGCAGACUCAGCGUACAGAAAGGAAAGGAAAUCGCCCUUUCAACGCGUGCAUGUACUGCCAGGGAAACCACAGGCCUGCUGCAUGUGAUACUUAUAAGACCCCACAGGAACGCUCUCGUUACUUACGGGAACAUAAACUUCACCCAACAACGCGCCGCAACCAGCCACUAUCCCAGGGAAGCAGUACAGCAAAAAAGGCACAACAGGCCCCUAAACCCACCCGAAACGUUAACCAAGUCUGUACACGAGAUGAUGUGGAGCAGAUUGCGAUGAUUCGUGAACAACAGAGGCCACAUGAGAGCGGCCAAUCGUUGGAACCAAUUAUGAAUACGACGAUUUGUGAACUCCAGUCGGCACAAAGGGAUCGAAAACUCGAGUGUACAUUCUUACCAACAGGGGAGUUGACCGUGUUCGACCCGACAUCUGGAGGUCUCAGAAAGGUGGCUGUUCUGUUAGACACAGGGGCAGAAUUGUCAUUUAUUGACAGUUCACUGGCUGAUGAGCUGGGAUUAGCCACAGUAGAGAAUACCAAACUGAGACUCCAUACCUUCGGCUCAAAUAACAUCCAAGAGGAGCCGAGCCGACGCGUUCAGUUGGAUACCUGGGAUGAGGACGGGCAACCCCUUAGGCUAAGUUUACAUACGCAUAAGAUUCUGACUAAGGCGUUAGCGACUCCGCCCAUUCUUAAAGACGAUAUAGACUACAUAAGAUCUCUGAAGAUCCCCCUUCGA